UGAGAUAUUUUCGGAGGACGCCGAUAUAGAGAUGUUUUCCCCGUUACGUUAUUGAAUGGUUUGAUUGAAGGAGAAGAAUGACAUCACAUGCGUGCACUCGGUAAGAAACAGAGCGACCGUCACGGCGACUUCCAUCACCGCAAUGCAUCUUUCGUGAUUGAAACUUGAAGGGAAGCAAAGAAACCAUAUAUCGCGACCAUUCCCGGCGAAUCGGUCAAGUAAAGCCUGAGGUCCAUCAUAAGUCUAUGGAUUUCUAGCAGAUUCAAAAGUGUAACAGAAGAACCUAGCUGGAUCUUAUAAUGGAUUCACAAUUGACCAACACUGCAUCUUCUCCACCUGAGGCAGCUAAAGUUGAUCAUCUCACUAGUGUGCCUGGCCAAGAUGGGCCAACUCAAGAAGGAUCUUCAAGACUCUCUGUUUCAAGUAUAUCUUCAUGGGCCAAAAGCAUCAAAAUUCCAAGCUUCUCAAAUCAAGAAGAUGCAGAGUCUGGCGGUUCUGCAAAAUCAUCCUUUUCUCGUUUUGCAUCUGGAUUUGUGCUACGAACAUCACCAAGAAGUCCUACAGCCGAUGAGACUGGUGAAGGAACCCCUACAGCUGCUCAACCCAGUGUUCUAGGAAAUUUCACCAAAGGCUUAGUUGAUUCCUCUAAAAAUGCCAUGAAAGUUGUGCAGACCAAGGCAAGGCAUAUGGUAUCUCAGAAUAAGCGAAGAUAUCAGGAAGAUGGAUUUGAUUUGGAUAUGACAUAUAUUACUGAGAAUAUCAUCGCCAUGGGAUUUCCUGCUGGUGAUAUAAGCUCUGGUAUCUUUGGAUAUGUUGAGGGCUUCUAUCGAAACCACAUGGAAGAAGUAAUGAAAUUUUUUGACACUCAUCACAAGGGGAAGUACAAAGUAUACAACCUUUGUUCAGAAAGAUUAUAUGAUGCAUCACUCUUUGAAGGAAAGGUGGCUUGUUUUCCCUUUGAUGAUCACAAUUGUCCCCCAAUUCAGCUUAUAAUCUCAUUUUGCCAAAGUGCUUAUGCAUGGUUAAAAGAAGAUAUCGAAAAUGUGGUCGUUGUCCACUGUAAAGCUGGCAUGGCAAGGACGGGACUUAUGAUCUCAAGCCUUCUUCUGUACCUUAAGUUUUUUCCAACAGCUGAAGAGUCAAUUUCAUACUAUAAUCAGAAGCGAUGUGUUGAUGGGAAGGGUCUUGUUCUCCCUAGUCAGAUAAGAUAUGUAAAAUAUUUUGAGCGCAUUCUGACAUAUUUCAAUGGUGAAAAUCAACCAGGAAGGAGGUGCAUCCUUAGGGGAUUUCGUCUUCAUAGGUGUCCAUACUGGGUUAGGCCCUCCAUAACAGUAUCCGACCAUAAUGGUGUUCUAUUUUCUACCAAAAAGCAUCCGAGGACUAAGAGUGUGGCGCCAGAAGAGUUUUGGUUUACUGCUCCACGGAAAGGGAUCAUGGUCUUUGCUUUGCCUGGAGAGAGAGGAUUAGCAGAGCUAGCUGGUGACUUUAAGGUCCAUUUUCAUGAUCGCCAAGGAGAUUUCUACUGCUGGUUGAAUACAACUAUGAUGGAAAAUAGGAAAACCUUGACUACUUCUGAACUUGAUGGGUUUGACAAGAGAAAACUGCCUUCUCCAGGGUUUAUGGUUGAAGUUGUACUGAUGGACUGUGAUGCUCCCCUCCCCACACGGGAGAAAAAAGAAGAGGAUAGUCAGGCAACAGCUGGGAAGCCUGAAUUCACUUCCACGCAUGGGGAUGUGCCCCCGGUUUCAACCCAAGGAGCGGGAAACCAAGAGAAGGAUGAUGUCUUCUCAGAUAGUGAAUCUGAAGAAGGCAGGGAAAAGGGUAGGCAUUCUCAAGCUGCCACUGAUGUUGCAGAAUCCAUUGUUGUUCAGGCUUCAGGAGCUUCGGAAGCUCAGAAGGAGACAGAGACCAUGACACAUGGGAUUGCACAUGUUUCUGUGAGCAAUGACAGCACAAAUCCCAUGUCCGUACAAGAUUCGAAGUCAGCGAACAAGGCUCGUGAUUCCUCGGAGUUUGAGGCCCCAAAGGUGGACACAGAGGGUAUAAGUGAUUUUAAGGCUAUAGCUGCCGAUGCUUCUGUGUUCACUUUUGGUGAUGACGAAGAUUAUGAAAGUGAGUAGCGGGACGUUGUUGAACUUAAUUCUUGUUGUGUACAUAGAUAUUGAUUCUUGGACAAUCUUGUUGUAAACUAGCAGGGAAGAAGCAUCUUCCAGCGAUGUCUUCGAGAUACAACCGUGGUUUCUUGUUGUCGUCUUUUUAUUUGUUUUUAAUACGACUACGUCAAAGCCAUCUAUUGGUUUCUUUCGUCA